CAACUCUCCGUCGCGUCCCGCACGCGUCAACCCACUCAACAUCAUCAACAACUGCGCCUAUCCCGCACCUGCAUCCUACGCCGAUAACCAACUCUACACCAAAAAUGAGCACAGAAGGAAUCUGUCCGCGCGUGAACGCACAGUAUCUGAAGCCGUUCGUGGACCGCGUUGUGCGGCUAGUGGGCCGCGUUACGCAGGUCAGUGGCGAGUCUGCCGUUCUUGAUUCCGCGGGCUCUGUCACGGUUUUCGGGACCAGGGAUAUCGUCUUCAACGAAGGAGAGAUCUUUGAGGUCACUGGCAGAGUCAACGCAGAUCUUUCAAUCAAGGCACUUGAUGGUGUCAACCACGGCACGCAGGGCAAUUUGGACAAUGUGAAUGCGAUGGUCGAUAUCGUGCAGAAGAACAAGUCGUUUUAUUACAACAUGUAAUCGCACUCCCUUUCUCUUUCAUCUUUAGUCUAGUACUGCAUUUAGCAAGACAAUCUUCAGUCUCAACUAUGAUCUAGAAUUGGAUUGAGAUGAUUGGAAGAGAAGCCCGAUGAGCUCAUUUGUUCUUUAUAUCUUUGCGUUUGCUUUGUUUGCUUUUGUAUCAUUUGUAUAUCUAAAGUCCCCCGGCGUUUUUUGUUUACUUUCAAAUUAUAAUCUACAAUCAAAAUACACCAGCAACACCUCUGAUCAGCA